AUGCCACCGAAAACCGGUCGAGGGCACCCAAUCAUAUCCGCCAGCGCUUUAGGAUCUCCAAGCGCAAGCAGAGCCCGCCCUUCAUCGAGAGCCGGUCGCGACGAAGAACCUACAAUAACAAGAAUCCCACAAUCACCCUCCACCAGCAAACCGAAACCAAGGCCCUUCACAACAGCAAAGACGACAAAUAAAGUGACAAAGCGACCAUCCGCAGGCAAAGCGCCACGACCAUCAAACAUACAACCCGGCGACCCAACCCCCACAGGCAAACGCCGCCGCUACAAACCGGGCACCGUCGCCCUCAAAGAAAUCCGCAAAUACCAACGCUCCUUCGAUCUACUCAUAAGCAAACUCCCCUUUGCGCGCCUAGUCCGCGAAGUCGCACUAGACCUGUUACCGGCCGAAGUAGGCGCUGAACUACGAUGGCAAUCGCACGCAAUUCAGGCACUUCAAGAAGCCGCUGAGGCGUUUUUGGUGCAUCUCUUUGAGGAUACGAAUCUGUGUGCGAUACAUGCGAAACGGGUUACGAUUAUGCAGAAGGAUAUUCAGCUUGCGAGGAGGAUUAGGGGGAUGUGGGGUGGAUUGGGUUAGUUUCUGAGUACAAGAGAGGAAGGGAUGUAAGAGGAGGCUUUGCAAGAACGGUGGCUUUUUUCUGUUUGGUUUUCUUUUGAUUGCAUCACGGCGAUGGUGUUUGUGGGAGUUAUAUACGGCAAUUUCGGAUAUGUCGAGUAUAUCAAAUGUGCAUUGCUGUUGCGGUUUGGAUGCUUUUCUGUUUGUGGCAUUGAGAUGGUAUUAUUUGUCUAUUGUUUAUUAAUAUCGCCUGGUUUCUAGCUCGUCCAGGCAUAGAAGUCAAGAAUGGACUUCUUGAAACAAUUUACCUAUGUAUGAAUCAGAGUCCAUA